AUGUCCUCUCCAAUUAAAUACUUCUACAAAGGCACCGACGCUGACUUCACCGUUCUUGUUGAAUCCCAAGAGCUCGUUGACAAGUUCAGAAAGGGUGACUCCACCAUUCCAUUGAUCGACAUUGUCUCCAUCUAUAAGAUCUUCAUUUCCAGAAUCGGUGGUUCAGAAGGCCGCCUCGACGAAGCCUCCAAGACCGAGCUCGUAAACCAGUUUGGCUCCUCUCACGUUGACGACGUUAUCAAGGAGAUCUUGGUGAACGGUACGUCUAAGCAUGGUGCCAAGUUAGGCGGCCAUUCUUUCGACUCAACCAACGACACAAUGGGCUCUAGAGGCACUCAUUAA